AUGACUAGUGUGGAAAACGACGUUAAAUUUCCUGGGAUCAAGUCGUUUCAUCUGGGAAAAGCUAAAGGAGAGCCCCAAAACUCAUUAAAGACCGCUGAAUCCGAUACUGUUUCAUCUGAAAGAAAUUUGCCUUUGAAUAGGAAGAUGAUAGACCUGGGUAUUGCAAGAAGACCUAGUGAUAAUCUACAGAUGAAUGAAUUUACUGGUAGUAAUAUUACAAAAUUGCCUCCUCCAAAGAGAAAUUUCAAAAAUGAGAGACCCAUCUCCGACGAAUCAAUAUCCACUAGAGCAUCUGAAAUAUUCUCGCCAUUAUCAUCAGAGACUCCAUCUGGAAGUUCGUCUCUAGCCAAUGACAGCGAUGACGAUGCGGAUGCCACGCACGAAGCAAGUAUACCGUCCGAUGCUAAUAACACUACUCUGGUUAUAAGCAACAAGAAAACCUAUAGAAAUUCCGCUCCUGUUAAUAGUACAAUCAUCGCUGAAGAUUCUGAUGGUAAUAUCAGCUCUUUGUCUAGUCCAUCUUCAAAGAGUCAAAAUCAUAACGCGUUAUAUGGUAAUGGCAACAAGGCUAAGAUUCCGUUUAUACGUUCUAUCAACAAUAACAGUACACCAAAUUUCAACCCAAUGCAUAAAAUAAUUAAUGGACCUUAUAAUAAAAAUAUCAACCAGAAUACUUCAUUAUAUUCGCGCUCAAAUAGUACAACGGCUAUAUUGCCGAAUAAAAUCUCACUAACUGCAUCACAAAGGUAUAGGUUACGUAAGGAGCAAACAGAAUUAUCAUUAAGGAAAUCAAUAAAAAACAAGGAAAAAUUUUAUGAUAGCCAAGACCCUAUAGUGGAGUUACAAGAAAAUGAUUUUGUUGACGACUCCCUAAUUUGGAAUAUUCCAAUGGCAUCCUUUUCUACUGCAUCAUUCUUGAAUUCUGCUUCUAGUAAAUCUGCAAAGAGAUCUAGCAAGAAGCCUUCGAGCUCAAUAAUACAUCUUAACGAAGAUACAGCCCUUCCGCAACCUCCUCCAAUACCGUCAUCAUUUACGCCCUCUCCAAAACAACACGAACAUAGAAACUCAGAUACCUCAUACACUAGUACAGCAUCAAGCAACACAUCAAUCUUAGACUUUUACGAAAUGCCCACUUCACCCAUUCCGGGAGUCACGAAACUUUCAGAUUUUCAAUAUAUCAAGGAAACCACGAAAACUUUAUCAUCUAUUUAUUUACAUUCACAAAAUAGACUUUCGAGAACAAAAUUAAUGGAAAGAACGUCAUCUGCAGAAGUCCUUCCUUUCGAAUUGAAAGAAGCAAGUGAUAAAGGAAUGGAAGAUUUACUAUUGGUAUCUGAAGAUAAACUAGAGCUUGUAAGUCACACAAGACCCAGUUGGUUACCACCAAAGGAUGCUAAUGAAAAACGGCAGCAUGAAGAACAAAUUUCAAAAACAAUGAGUAUGGCAUCUAUUGAUGAACUAGACAAACACAAAGGUCGUGAAGAAAGGAUAAUUAGAGAUGAAACAAAUAGAGCCAAGCUAGUCCUAUUGCUGGACAGAGAAGUUACAAGAAAUUCAUCUUUGACUAGUCUGAAAAAAAUUGUCUGGGAAACAUCAUUUAGUGAAGAAAAUAGAUUUUCACUCUAUGACGAAAUUUUGCAAAGUAAAUUGAGGUUUAUCACAACAAAUUAUCUCGAAAGUUUUGAUAGGCUCUCUUCUUUAUUGGACUCAAUGAACUUUCCAAAAGGUAAAGAACUUGAGAUAGAACAACUAAUUGAACACAAUUUGAAAAACAAAAGGUGCCACGAUGAUGUUAUGUCAUCCGAUUUAUUAUUCAUGCUAAAACUUAAAUCUAUCUCUUCCCAGGGGCUUGUACCCGGUGACGAAUUAUUAUUCCACCAUUUCUUAAUAGAUGGUUCAUUCAAAUCUUUGAAAGAUAUUUGGGAAAUAGUGAAUCUAAUUCAAAUGACAUGUUUUAAUGACUUAACGAAAGAAAAAUAUGAAACUAAGAUAUUAAAUUCCAGAGGUGUUGUAGCUAGCUACCUGCUGCGCUCGAACGAUUUCAAAGACGAAUUCAAUACUACAUGUCUAAAUUCUGUUACUUGGUGGCACAUUAUGCAAAGAUUAAAUCAUAAACUAUUCAUGUGGAUACUUGACAUCAUUGUCGUAGCCAAUAGCCAAAGUUUCAAAAACUAUCCAAUUAAACCGGAAGUGUUUGUAAAUAAAGAUUGGGAGUAUUUUAGAUCCAAGAAAGUUGUCGUAAACUACAAGAUACUACUAGCCCUAACGCUGGACGUUUUAUUAAAUUACCAUUUUGGAUUUAUCGAUUUAAAUGAGUUGAGUAAGCUAGAUGAUAAGAAUUUCACGAUACCAAUACCGAUGGAUGAAUUAUUAGAUGAGGAUGAAAUCAAUGGUAUGUUCGUCAGAAAAUGGCUGCACUACUAUAAAAAAUUCUAA